AUGUGUUACAUUUUAGAGACACAUUCGCUCCGCUGCGAUGUGCGCCCCCUCUUCAGCAACGGCGAGAAGCCCAUUGUUGACACUCAAAGCACCCCGCCCCCCUGCGACUGCGAGCAGGACACCGACAUCCCCAACGCACUCAGGUGCCCUCAGCACGGAUGUUGCAUGCUGACGAAAACGACAAUUUAUUGCACUCGCCCCAACGUCUGCGAGUUUUGGGACUGUUACUUGUACGAGCAGCGUCAGCCUACACCUGCCACGCUCUGGACGCAGCACGACGUCUUUGACGGUCCGUUCCUGUCAUCCACGCCUGGGCCCAUUGCGAGCGAAGAUGAGCUUUUCAAUGAAGCCUACGAUUUGUACGUUCACUAUGGCCGUGAAUUGUACUCUCUCCAGCAGACUAUCACGUGGUGCAAGACGCUCUUUGCCGAUUUCGACGCCAUCUGGCGCGAGUGCGAAGGGUGCGUGAACACGCACUUGACCUUCGACUGCCCCUUUUUGACGGUCCGAGCCGAGAUCAUGGAGCGCAUGUAUGAUCUGGACAGCCAAGGCGUUAAGGCGGCUCGCGAGCAAGCUGUACAUGGAAAUUUCUUGAUGAGCAGUGCAGCCGUUCGGACUCCGUUUAUGGGAGUUUCGCGAGUACACGAUGUCGUCGAGCAGGAAGACGAAUGGGACCAUUUGGUCAAGUCGGCGUUAGCUAUUGUCUGCGAGGAACAGUGCAACUAG